GUUGCCUUACCGCUUGUUUCGUUGGUUUUCGUCUAGAACAUUAUAGACGCACAGCCUUACACGACGACGUCUCGCAGUUUUCUUCUCCGUUCUACGCCAGCAUCCACCUAGGGUUUGAAUCGCAACCCCGUGACUUUCCAUUGCAGAUUUACGUUAAUCAUUACAGGGAAUGGCAAUUUCACGAACAGGAGUGUACGUUGACGACUAUUUGGAGUAUGCAAGCACAUUGCCUGCUGAACUCCAGAGAUUGUUAAACACUAUUAGGGAACUCGAUGAAAGAUCCCAAUCUAUGAUAAACCAGACCAGGCAACGCACUAGGUACUGUUUAGGGUUGUCUUCAUAUGGCUCUAAGAAGGUUAAUCAUAAUAGUAGCCAUAUCUAUAAUAACAUUAACACCAACGAAGAAGACGAUGCAACAAUUGAGAAAAUGCAUAAAGAGAUUGAGGCUAAUCAGGAUAGUGCUCUAAGUCUGUGCACCGAAAAGGUUUUGUUGGCGCGGCAAGCAUAUGACCUGAUAGAUAGCCAUAUAAAACGACUUGAUGAGGAUUUGAACAACUUUUCUGAAGAUCUAAAGCAAGAAGGGAAAAUACCACCAGAUGAACCAGCUAUUCUCUCCCCCUUGGCUAUAGUCCCAAAAAGUGAAAAACGCAAAUCCUUAUGUGGAGCACCUCUAUCAAAGAGACUUGAUUACAGGGAUAGAGAUUGGGAUUGGGAGCGUGAUAGAGAUUUUGAACUUAUGCCCCCACCAGGAAGCCAUAAGAAGGAGUAUGCAACUCCCAUGGAUAUUGAUCAACCGAUUGAUCCGAAUGAACCUACAUACUGUAUCUGUCAUCAGGUUUCUUAUGGAGAUAUGAUCGCUUGUGACAAUGAAAAUUGCCAAGGAGGUGAAUGGUUCCAUUACUCGUGUGUUGGCCUGACUCCCGAAACAAGAUUCAAGGGAAAGUGGUAUUGUCCUACUUGCAGACCACACUUUCAAUGAUUAAUCUCCGUUAGUCUUGAUAAAUUCAUGAGAUGGGACAAGUUUGUGAAAAAAGAGGUGAUAUUUGAUGUUUACAAGAGUUUGUUCCUUUUGACAAGUAGUUGUUGGAACAUAUGAAGGUAAACAUAAAAAUACUCUAAUCAAAAGGGAUAAGUGGACUACAUUCAUAAGGGAGGGGGUAAAUAUUUUGUGAUUAGGAAUUAAGAUUCAUGAGAUUUUUGAAAGGUGUGAUGAUUAUCACAUUUAUGAUAUAUACUAAUGAGUUUUUAUCAUAUUUGUUAUG